AUGGGGCCAGGCAUCACCUUCUCACUCCUGCAGUACCGCUACGACUGUGGGGAUUAUGGCAUGCAGCUCCAGGCAUAUCCCACCCGAGGCCGCACCGUACGCUUCAAAGUCUUGGACGAAUUUGGCACCCUCUUUGAAGUGGCCAACUGCUCCAUCUGCCUCCACUGGCUCAACACUGGGGAUGAUGGAGGAGUGAUCUUCUCCUCUGGCUAUGAGGGCUGCCAUGUCCUCGUAAAGGAAGACCGCUACUUUCUGAGGGUCCGGAUGGAGGAAGUGCUGAUCAGUGGGGUCAUUGCUGCCUCCUAUGAAGUCAACAUGACCUGCCCACAGCCAGCUGACUACAAUGUCCUUGUGGACAGGAACAUGCGCAUUGAGCACCAAGGGAACAGCAUCCACCAGACCCAGGCUGGCAUCCUUGUUCCCCUACCCCAGCCCCAGCCUGGCCUCCUGCACCAUGUAUCUCAGUCUGCCUUAGCUCUUCCUGGGCACCAGCUCCAAACCCAUUCAGACCAGGUCCACGCCAUGGCUCAGACCCAGGCGGGUCUGGCACAUCCUGGACUUCAGCGCCAACCGCAACCCAACCUGCUUCGCCCAGGGAUUCAGACCCAAUCUGGCCAGGGUCACUCAGGGGUUCAGGUCCAGUCAGGGAUAGUACACCCAGGAGUUCAACCUCAGUCCCAGCCUGGCUUAGUGCACCCAGGCGUUCAGACCCAACAAGGCCCAGCUCGUCCUGGGGUUCAGUCCCAAUCUCAGCCAGGCCUGAUUCGUCCCCUUGCUCGGCCUCAGCCAGGUUUACGUCCUGGCAUCCAGCCUCCAGCUCAGGCUGACCUGCUACGCCCUGGGGUUCAGACCCAAUCUGGCCUUGUUCACCCAGGAUUUCAGCCCCAGUCCCAACCUGGCCUUGUUCAUCCUGGAUUACAGUCUCAAUCUGGCCACAUUCACCCUGGACUACAGCCCCAGUCCCAACCUGGCUUAAUGCACCCUAAUGCUCAGACUCUGACAGGCUUGGUACGCCCUGGCAUUCAAACCCAAACCCACCUGGGCUUAGUUCGUCCUGGCCUUCAGACUCACUCUCAAGCUGGUUUGAUACACUCUGGUGUCCAGACCCAAACUGGACUAGCUCAUCCUAGCCUUCAGGCCCAGUCUCAACCAAGUCGAGUGCACCCAGGUGCCCAGACCCAAGCUGGACUGCCUGGCCUGCUGCGCCCCACGGCUCUCUUCUAUUCCUCUGCAGGGGCAGGUGCCCAGCUAACACGGGAGCAGUGCCAUGUGGCCACAGGGAAGAUCCCAUGUGUGGCUCCACAGGGCCGCGAGGCCUGUCUGCAGGUGGGGUGCUGCUAUGAUGACAUGGACCGCAUCUCUCCCUGUUAUUAUGGCAAUACAGCAACUGUUCAGUGCCUGCUGGAUGGGCAUUUCGUCAUCGUAGUGCCCCGGGGCCUCUCCACCCAGCCCUACAACCUGGACAGUGUGCGGCUGGCCAAUGCUGAGGCCCACUGUGACCCCAUCAAAGUGACAGAGGCUUUUGUGAUGUUCCGCUUCCCUGUCACUCAGUGUGGUACCACUGUCCAGGUGAUUGAGGACCGGCUGAUUUACGAGAACCAGCUAAUCUCUACCAUUGACGUACAGUCAGGACCACGUGGCUCCAUCACACGGGACAGUGUUUACAUCCUCCAUGCUCGCUGUAUCUACAAUGCCAGUGACUUCCUGCCAGUCCAUGUUGAGGUUGCCGUGCCCCCCACAGCUGCACCCCUGAUCGAGCCAGGGCCUCUCCGGAUCCAGCUGCGCAUUGCUACUGAUGAAAGCUACAGUAACUACCAUGAGGACAGUGACUAUCCCCUUGUGAAGGUGCUCAGGGACCCCAUCUACGUAGAGGUUCGCCUCCUCCAGAAGACAGACCCCAACCUGGUCCUGGUCCUGCACCAGUGCUGGGCAUCCCCCAGCACCAGCGCUACAGCAGAACCACAGUGGCCCAUUCUGGUGGAUGGGUGUCCAUUUGUAGGGGACAACUACAGGACCCAGCUUGUGCCUGUAGGACCAGCCUCGCUGCAGCUGCCCUUCCCGAGCCACUAUCAACGCUUUAUUGUCUCCACAUUCACUUUUGUAGAGGCCCCCUCCAUGGCCACGCUUGAAGGAGAGGUGUACAUCUUCUGCAGUGCUUCAGUGUGUCACCUUGCGCAGCCAGAACCCUGCCGGCCCUCCUGCCAGCUGGGAGUGCCAUCAAGAGCCCGUCGGUCUCUGGGUGACAAGAUGAGGCCAGAUCCUGUGGUCACAGUCAUUUCUCAAGGACGCAUAGUCUUCCAGGAGAGCUCCAGGGUGCAGAAAGGCUGAGCUCAAGGAUAUAGGACCUUGCCUCCAGGAUGGACCUGAGUGGACAUCUGGCUCUGCUCUCCUUUGUGGCAAAUGUGC